AUGAAUACCUCGAGAGGCGACGCCGAAUCAGAACGUUCUAGUACAGCAAGUUCAACCUUAAGUGAGGAAAGUGAAAGGAACAUUGGGGCUACCACAAACAGCAAUAUAAGGUCGGAGGAUCUUUAUCUUUUGUGUUCGAAAGACUGGGCUAAAGAAGCGCGAAUUAAUUUGUCAGUACUCAGCGACAGACAGAAUUUCACAUACAACCUACUACUAAGUGAAUUUUCUGCCUUAGGCACUCUGGAGGACCAUAUACGGAGUUGGAGGAAACUGCUCAUGGUGGAUCGAAGUCGAGACAAAAUCGACGCAGGUUUGUUCGAAACCGAACUGAUAUCUGAUUUAUGUACUUUAUUGGAACAAAUGUUUUGUGAAAAACUCCAGUUAGAUAUGCAAUAUGAUCGAUUGGUUGACGAGAAUAUGUGGCUGAGCGAACAGCGAGACAUACUCAAAGAACGUCUGAACAAGCUGAACGACAACUUACGCGACGUCGAGGCUGAAAGGAAUGUACAACAGUUUAUCUAUAAGAUGCGCCACAGAGAGCAAGAAGCGCCCCAGACAAAGUUACAGCUGAUGGAACAUGAAGUGGAUGAAAGUGGCUGCAUUUCCGAGUUGAUAUCCACCGAAAUGAAAGGUGUAUAUCAGUUGGCAGUGAAGUACAUCGCAGAGGGGCGUCUAGACGUGGCUGUUGCCAUGUGUACAAAACUACUGCGUGAUCCAUCCAGAACCCAUCGUCUGAGUCCGUUUGACCAUGGAGUCAUAAAUUUCCUUCUGGGGAUCAUACUUGGUCAGAAGGGUAGACUAAAGGAAUCGAUGACUAAUAUGGAAGAUGCGUUAGAAACUUUCGAGAUGGAGGUAGGCUGUGAACAUCCAUGUUUGAGUGGUGUACUUGCACGGUUGGCAGAGGGAAGUUUGGAAAUGAAUAACUACAAGGAGGCGGAAAACUACCUGCAAAGAGCCCUGACUAUCAAACGAAAGUCGCUUGGUGAAAACCACGAUGAAGUAAUCAAAAUGCAAGUGGAUCUAUGUAAGGCCUUAGUUCAGUCAGAGAAGAACCAGGAAGCAGUCGAUCUCAGCCAACGGACUCUGAAUAUCUUGAUGACGAAGUAUCAGCCAAACGAUCCCAUGGUGAUAAAAACUAAGACGCUACUGAGUAGGGCUCAGUUUAACCUGAACCAGAUAGAUGAGUCUCAUGACAGAGUAAAAUCAGUGCUAAAGGAGUGUUUUGCCAGAUCAGAGGGGCGAACAGUUGUUGACCUGAUGGAAGCUCCACCGAUGGAAAAGCAACUGACUCAGAUAGAUUUGUGUAGUUUAUAUGACAGACUGGAAAACAAACAAGAGGUGGAUUUACUGCAAUUGCUACGAGAUAUCUACAAGGCACAGGGAAACCAGGAGGCUUUUACACAACUUGGUUAUCUAUUGGAUAUUCGUCUUUAA